AUGAUUGUGAACUAUCUUAUUUUGGCAAUAAUCAUAGGGGCUGCUUAUGCUCAGACGGAGCCAUCAGCUUCAGAUGUGCUAAAAGCAUUACCUUCUGAUCUACAAGGCACAGUUAAUGAAUCACAGAUUCAAGAUAUCCAGAAUAAAUCAACAAAAGCUUUCAGAGAGAAAUGUGAGAAAAAUGGAGGCCCUGAUGCAUAUUCAAAUGCAGAGGCGGCUUUUAAGAAAUUCAUGAAGUGCACAGAAGACCUGGUGAACUUCCAAGUGCUCAAUGAAGAGAUCGAAAAAGCCAAGCCCGAUGGUCGAGUGGAUGAAGUGUUCAAGAAGUACUGCGACAAGCGUCCCGUGUUCAUGAGCUGCUUCCGCAACGCCACGGAGGCGGUGGAGCCUUGCCUCGCGCCCGCCGAACGGGAGCACCUCAAGCCGUUCCACAACGUGACCGAACAGCUGGGCGAGUUCAUCUGCUUCAAGGACGGCGACCGGAUCGCGCUGUUCAUCGCGGAGAAAGGCCCGGAGUGUCUGAAGGAGAAGAGCGAAAUGAUCAACGAGUGCGUGAACAAGACCUUCAACAUAUCCUACAAGUUCAACCCGAACGAGUUUCCUGACACUAUUCCGGAGAUCAACUUAGGGGAAAAGGAGUGCAACCAGAUCACCGAGGUGCAGAAGUGCGUAGUCAAAUCACUGGAAACCUGCUCGGUGCCCACUUCGGCCAACAUCAUCGAGUCCCUGUUCAAGUUCGCGCGCAAAUCCUUGCCCUGCAAGGAGCUUCCGGAAACGACCCAGGAUCCCAACUCGGGGUGCCGAGUUGCAGCGACGUUGACAUUGACUGCCGCCAUCUUUGCGAAAAUGCUCGUC